AUGGAGAAAAAAAAAAUGUCAACCAGAAAUAUUAAUAAUAAUAUAAGUAGCAAUGUCAAUAAUAAUAUGAAUAAUAAUGUAAGUAAUAAUGGAAAUAAUAAUGGAAAUAAUAAUAUGAAUAAUAAUAUGAAUAAUAAUGUGAAUAAUAACCCAAAUAACAAUUUAAAUGAUAAUAUGAAUAAUAAUAUGAAUAAUAAUGUGAACAAUAAUAUGAACACUUGUCAAAACGGAAACUUUUAUGGGGCUUAUAGUAAACAGAGCAAAGAUAUGUCUUUAGCCUUCCAUAAAAAUAGUAUGAACGAAAUAAAUUUAAUUUCUAAAAAUAUAGAUGUAGAUAAAGGAAGUUUUGUAAAAAGUAAUAUAUUUAAUAACAUUUUAAAUGAGAAUAAUAUAUUAUAUAAUGAUAUAAAUAAAGUGAAUUAUGAUGAUAAUAAUAAUAUAAUUUUUGUAAAUGAAAAACAAUAUGAUCGUAUAUUAAAAAGGAGAUUACGUAAAGUCAAACAAGAUAUAGAUAGAAAUAGAAAAGUUCGUGUAUAUAUUAGUAUACAAAAAAAGAAAACAUACCCAGAGUUUUUUUCUUCUAACACAAAUAAUUUCAGUCUUAUAUCACCACAUCGUCAUUCACUUCAUCAUGCUCUUAUAAAUCCACAUUCUCAUCCUUAUCAACUUCCAAUGAAUAAUAAUAUUAAUACAUCAUUAUAUAAUUAUGAUUGGAGUUCAAAUGAUUCCUUUUUUAAAAAAAACAAUGAACAUUCAAAUAGUUUAAUUACACUCUUUGAAAAUAUGAAACCAAUAUUUGAUAAUAAGAAUAAUCAAAACUAUGAUAAUUAUAUCUCACAAAAUAACUUCAAUCCAUAUGCAAAUAAUAAUAUGACAACAAAUGAUGAAUAUAAUAAAUAUAUUAAUAUUUGUGAUAUAAAUAAUAUAAAUCAUCUAAAUAACGUACAAGAAAUAAAUAACUUCCAACAUCUAAAUAGCUUAGACAAUUACAAUAAUAUACAAACAUUAAAUGUAUAUAAUAAUCACAUUAAUAAUAUAAGCGAAUUUACAAAUUCGAUAAGUCCAAAUUAUAAUAUGUAUGAGCAAUAUAAUAAGUAA